UCUCAUUCAUUGUUUUGCAAACUUCCUAUAUACUUAAGGCAAUAAUCUAUAGCAAUCAUCAUAAAUGGCUCAUCAUCAUACCAUUUCAGGUUUAGUUGGCAAGCUUGUGACCGAGUCGGAGGUUAACUGUAAUGCUGAAGAAUAUUACAAAAUUUGGAAGCACCAUGAAGAGGUUCCUAACGUAACCCAGCAUAUUUCUGAAGUCAAAGUUAUCCAAGGACAUGGAAUUACUUCGGGUUGUGUCAAGCAAUGGAAUUAUACUGUUGGGGGUAAAGAGAUGCAUGUCCAUGAGAAAACAACAUAUAAUGAUGAAACAAGGACGAUACAUCAUGGUGCCAUUGGAGGAGACGUGAUGAAAAAUAACAAGAAGUUUGACGCAACUCUUGUAGUUAACCCAAAGGCUAAUGGACAAGGGAGUAUUGUGAGUUGGACUAUCGAAUAUGAGAAACUUAACGAGGAUUAUCCAGUUCCCAUUGAUUAUUUGCAAUUCUUCCAGUUUCAAAUCGAGGACUUGAACACUCACCUUUGCGCUUCCGAAUAAAUUAUAUUGCCGGUAUACAUCCACCGCGGUCGAUAUAUGUUCCAGUCGAUCGAUUUCGGUGAUUUCUCUGCGUAUGGAACUUGUGUGUGCAUGUAAUAAUAAUGAGUACAUGGAUUCAGGGACGGACCCAAGAAGUCUUCGUUCUUUUCCCAGUCUGGGCUAAUAGCCUUGGUAACUUGUGUGUGCAUGUAAUAAUAAUGAGUACAUGGAUUCAGGGACGGACCCAAGAAGUCUUCGUUGUUUUCCCAGUCUGGGCAAAUAGCCUUGGUAGACCAAAGCAUUUCACUUUUUUAGACUGUUGGACUAUGAUGGCUACCUGGGCUAAAGCCCAGGUUAGCCCAGCUGUAGGUCCGUCAGUGCGUGGAUUUACCACAAUCAUACGUGGAUUUCUGUGAUUUAUGUGUACCCAACUUGUGUGUGAUUUUUCUGUGUACCCAACUUGUGUGUGUGAUUUCUAUUAUGAAUAAAAAAAAAGUUGUUUCCAAUAUCA